AUGAGAAAUAUGAAGUCUGUUUACAUCUUCCUAGUGUUGUUCAUCUUCUUCCUCGUCGUUCUUGGUGAGUCGCCAGGGAAGAUAGAAGCCGAGGAAAAGUUCAAAUGCCUGCAAGAGUACGGGGGUGACGUCGGUCCCACGUUUUGUAACCCUAAGUUCUUUCCAACGUUGUGUCGUCAAAACUGCCGGACUUUCAAAGGUGCUAAAGGCGGUAAAUGCGUGAAGAAACACAAAAGCAAACCAAUUAAAUGCUUCUGCGACUACUGCAAAGACGACUAG